AAAGUCACGGCCGCUGUCCCCACGGCUCACGCACCUGGCCGGACUACAACUCCCGGCGUGCCCCCGAAUGCUGGGUGUGGGCGACGCGGCGCCUUCUGGGAAUUGUAGUCCAGGUGGGCGGGCAGUCGCACGAGCCGGGGCGCCUGAGACGCGGCGCGUUCUGGGGGCUGUGGUCCCAGCUGGCGCCCGGACUCCUCAUUCCAGCGCCGCCGCGUCGCCUGCCGGGAGCGUCCGCCCGCGCACCAGCGGGUGAGGUGGGUCUGGGCGUGGGGUCCACGCGCGCAUUGCCGGAGAGAAACCACGGGAAACCCUGAAGCGGCGAACGCCUGCGGUGGUCUAAGCGAGAUGUGUGGGACCGACACGCGCAGAUGGAGAGCGAGGGGCUGACCCCGAGCCGCGCGUGGACCGACAGACGGACAGACCGAGUGUGGAACUCUGUUCCAGUGCGGGGCCUGCUGACUGACCAGUUGUACCCAUUUCCAAGGCUCCAGCCAUCCCAUAUCUCACUGGAGGUCUGCUGCCCAAUGGCCAUCCCCAAGAGCCUUGUGAGCCCGGUGCCCUGGGAACAGGAUGACUUUCUCCAAGUGAAGGUCGAGCAUGAGGAGGCCAGCUUCUCUCAGGUCCAGGAGUCUAACUUUGGCCACACCUCCCACCCUGAGGCUGCCUGUCUGCGCUUCCGACACUUCUGCUAUGAGAAGGCAUCCAACCCACGUGAGGCGCUGGCCCGGCUCUGUGAACUCUGCCGCCAGUGGCUGCGGCCCGAGGUGCGCUCCAAGGAGCAGAUGCUGGAGCUGCUGGUGCUGGAGCAGUUCCUGGGCGCGCUGCCCCCCGAGAUCCAGACUUGGUUGCGGGCUCAGUGCCCCGAGAGUGGCGAGGAGGCUGUGAUGCUCGUGGAAGACCUGACUCAGGCACUGGACAAGAGAGGUCUAUCAAGACGACUGAUGGGUGUGCAUCAUCCAUGACACACUGACCACACUGGGAGUUUGCCUCCCUCAUCAGCCCCCUCGUGUCCACCAAGGAUUGAGUUCUCAACAACAGAACUCUUCAGAAUAAAUGUCCUGGUUGUCUGUAAAAGGCUGAGCUGUCCUUGGCGAUACCACUUUAGCUGGGUUUCUCCUCAGGAUGAAUUGUGUGGAUGGUAAAAAGAAAAAACCCAAGUUCCACUUUUGCCUGAGGUGCUCCAC